AUGGAGAACGUGAAUCACUUGGAGACUUGUAACACAACUGUUUUUAGCAAUAUAGAUACAGUUACACAGAUAGAAGGAGAUGAAAAACCUGUACUUGGCGAAACAUUUACUAAGGAAAGAUCGUUGCAAGGAAAUAUUGUUGAAUAUCAAUGUGAUGUUUGUAGGAAAACUUUCUUUACAGAACAUGAAGUCUUCACACACAAAGAAAUACACAAAACUGCGGAACCCUUCCACUGUGAAAUAUGUGGGAAACCACACAAACGAAUACACACCGGAGAAAAGCCUUAUCCUUGUGAAGUUUGUGGUAAAUCAUUCUCUGACAAUUCUAACCUUGUAGCUCACCGGAAAAUACACACUGGAGAAAAACCGUUUGAAUGUGAUAUCUGUGGGAAAACUUUUGCCUCUAAAAGAGAUCUAAACAAGCAUGGGAGAAUACACACUGGAGAGAAGCCUUACCAUUGUGAUAUAUGUGGGGAAUCGUUCUCGGAUAAUUCUAAUCUUGUACGUCACCAAAAAAUACACAGUGGAGAAAAACUAUUUGAUUGUGAAAUAUGUGGGAAAUGUUUUGUUUGUAACAGUGAUUUGACCAUACACAAACGGAUUCAUACGGGGGAGAAACCGUACCAUUGUGAGAUAUGUGGGAACUCCUUUAUCACCAGUGGUCACUUAAAAAGGCACCAAGGGAUACAUAGUGGACAGAAAAACUUUCAGUGUAAAAUAUGUGAGAAAACUUUCACUCGAAAUUAUCAUCUUCUUAUCCAUGUACGUAGUCAUACUGGAGAAAAACCAUUCCACUGUGAAAUCUGUGGGAAGGCCUUCACUCUGAAUUCUAAACUCAAUAUCCACAGAUGUACUCAUACUGGUGAAAAGCCAUUCCACUGCGAAAUCUGUGGAAAAUCCUUUCUUGAUAACAGUAAUUUAAACAGGCACAAAACAACACACACUGGUGAAAAACCCUAUCUUUGUGAAGUAUGUGGCAAAUCGUUUGCUAUCACAUCUCAUCUUAUUAGUCACAAACGUUGUCACAGUGGAGAAAGAUCCUUUCAUUGUGGAACUUGUGGGAAAUCUUUCUUCACAAAUUCCAGUCUUGUAAUUCACAAUCGUAGUCACACUGGAGAAAAGCCAUUUCAUUGUGACAUAUGUGGGAAAUCAUAUUCUGUUAGUUCCAGCCUUGUCACCCAUCUACGAAGUCACACCGGAGAAAAACCGUAUCACUGUGAAAUAUGUGGGAAAUCCUUUAUCACGGGAAAAAGCCUCACAAUUCACAAACGUAGUCAUACAGGAGAGAGACCGUAUCAGUGUGAUAUCUGUGAAAAAUCCUUUGUUCGCAAAGAUGGCCUCAGUAUGCACAAACAGCUUCAUGCAGGAGAAAGACCAUAUCAUUGUAAUAUUUGUGGUAAAUCAUUCUCUCGAUCUGAUCACUUAACGAAGCACACGCGAAUUCAUACAGAAGAGAAGUCGUAUCACUGUGAUGUCUGUGGAAGUAUCUUAACUAAUCACAAAUGUAUUCGCAGAGGAGAGAAGUCAAUUCAUUGUGGUAAAUCAUUCCUUGAUGGAAAUACCUUAACAAAGCACAUAUGCAUUCAUACAGGUGAGAAACCAUAUGAUUACUGGAUAACAUUGGAUUAA